GUGCCCCCCGGCAGCCAUUUUGGGGAGCGCUGAGGCCAGCGGGUGGUGCGCGGCGCCCCCUGGCGGCUUCCCGCCCGCAGAUCAGCUACGAGCGGGCGGGCGGCCGCCAUGAAGUCCGUUUUCGUCACCGUGGGCACCACCAGCUUCGAUGACCUGAUCGCGACCGUCUCCUCCCCAGCAGCGCUGCAGGUGCUGCAGAGCCGGGGCUACCAGAAGCUGGUGCUGCAGGUCGGGCGGGGCGAGCUGAAGCCGGGGCCGUGCAGCAGCCCGGCCGUGGCGGUGGAAGCCUUCCGCUUCAAGGACUCGCUGGCCGAGGACCUGGGGAGGGCGGACCUGGUCAUCAGCCACGCAGGUGCAGGUAGCUGUCUGGAGGCUCUAGAAAAAGAAAAACCACUAGUAGUAGUAAUAAACGAAAAGCUGAUGAACAACCAUCAGCUGGAACUGGCAAAACAGCUCCACAGAGAUGGGCACGUCGUCUGCUGUAACUGCAGCACUCUUGUGGAGACACUGCAGACGAUGGACUUGACAACUUUGAAACCUUUCCCUCCUGGACAGCCAGAAAAGUUUGCUUUAUUCUUGGAUAAAGUUUGGGCCCACCAAGCAAUGAAGUUGGAAGUUGGCUUUGCGUGGGAUCCCUUCCUGAGGCAGGUCUGGGAGGCCGUUCUGCCAGGGCUUACCUUGGUCCGGGGGGACGCUGAGGAGAAUGUCCCUGCCGCGCUCGGAGAGCCCCUCAGGGGGAGCGCGGGACAGGUGCUGGGGGCUCUUGGCGGGCACCUCAAAACGGCUGCUACAGGCUGCACCUCAGCGGGGGUGCGCCGCUCGGGGCCGCCUUUUGGGGCAGGUCGUAGGCAAAGGGAGCCGGGCCCAGCUGCGCCGGGCCGGGGGCGGCGGCGGGCCGGGGGGAUGCCGGCGGUCGCGACGGGCCAUGGCGGGCCGGGCCGCGCAGGUGGGCGCGUUGAGCGCGGCCACUCAUUAGCAGCAGCCGCGCGCCCCGCUGCCACGCGCGGCGCCGCGGAGCGCAGCGCCCCCCGCGGAGCCCCCGCUCCCCGCUUCUGGCCGCGCCGCCUCAGCCCUCGCCACCCGGGCAAGAUGCAGAAGGGCUGGAAGAAGUACUUCGGGCAGAAGUCCUUCAGCGAGGUGGCCAUGGACGAGUACCUCGGCAGCCUGGGGCUGUACCGCAAGAUGACGGCCAAGGAUGCCUCCUGCCUCUUCCGAGCCGUCUCGGAGCAGCUGUGUUCAUCUCAAAUUCAUCACGUGGAAGUCAGGAAAGCUUGUGUCUUGUUUAUGAGGCAACACCAGCAUAAGUUUGAAUCUUAUGUGGAAGGAUCAUUUGAGAAAUACCUUGAACGACUAGGAGACCCAAAGGAAAGUGCUGGCCAGCUGGAAAUGAGUGCUUUAUCAGUGAUGUACAAGCGAGACUUUAUUCUGUAUCGGUACCCUGGAAAGCCACCUACUUAUGCUACAGACAAUGGCUUUGAAGACAAGAUUUUACUGUGUUGUUCCAGCAACGGCCAUUAUGACUCUGUAUACACAAAACAAUUCCAGGAAAAUGCUGCUGUUUGCCAGGCUGUAUUAUAUGAGAUCCUGUACAAAGAUGUGUUUGGCAUGGAUGAGGAAGAAUUAAGGUCUGCAGUUGAGGUGUUUCGAAGUGGAUCCAAGAAGAACAGAAACAGUGGCUUUGCAGGAAGUGAGGACGCCAGCUUUGAUUGUCUUCAUGAAAAAGUAUCCAGAAAUCCAUCAGAAAAGAGGGUGGACAACUGGGAAGGCAAUGAUACUGACAAUCCACAGGAAGAUAAGUUCAAACAAAGCAUUGAAGAAGAAAAGCCUCCAGAAAAUCCAUCAAAGAUGCCUGUUCCUUAUAAAGUGCUUAAGGCACUGGACCCUGAGAUCUAUCGAAAUGUGGAGUUUGAUGUUUGGCUGGACAGCAGAAAAGAGCUUCAAAAAACUGACUACAUGGUGUUUGCUGGGAGACAGUACUAUUUAGGAGACAAGUGUCAGGUGCGUCUGGAGCCUGGAGGUAAGUAUUACAAUGCUCAUAUCCAGGAAGUCGGGAAGGAUGGCAACAUGUUGACUGUAUUCGUUGAGGAGCUGGCAGAAAAGCAUACAGUUCCUUUGGCAAACUUAAAACCAGUGACACAAGUGGCACCUGUCCUUGCCUGGAAUAUGGUUCCCAGCCGAAAAGGAGGAACCUAUCAGAAAAUAACAGGUGGAUACUUCUCAGGAAUAGAAAUGGAUAUGAAAACACGGAAGAGAAUGCUUAAGAAAGUUCGCGGAAAGGAAGUCUUUAUGACUGUGGCUUAUAGCAGGGGUCAGCCAGUUCUUCCACCCCGGCUACAGCACAGUUCGGGGCGCUCUCCUCCAGUUCACUGCUCACAGGGUGGUGGAAACAUGGCACCUUAUGAACACUACCCUCAGAAUCCUUCUCAGAGACCCAACCGUGGAUUUGGGAUGCCAAGGGGAUCUGCCCGAUUUAUAAACAGGCACAACAUGGUUGGCCCUCAAAUAGCAUUCUACCCCAGUCCAGGAAAGAGAUGCUAUCAGAGCUAUGACAAUUUCUCCUGCAGGUCCUGCUCCUACAGCCGUAGCCGCCGUCAGAUGCAGUGUGUAAAUAAGGAAUGUCAGUAUGGGUUUGUACCGGGGAACGGAGAGGAGCCUCAAGGACCCGAAGAAACGAUAACUUUCUAUGAAAUUGAAGGAGAGGAUGACACUGCUUUUCCCAAUUUACCAGGUCAGGGUAGCCCUGCUGCUGUUGUCCAUAGUCCAGCAGGAUUUUGGGUAGCAAGGAGAAGUCCAAACUCUGUUCCACCUAACAAGCAGGCCCUGAAUUCCUCAGAGGAGGAAGAAGAAACGAGUGAAAAUGGGAAAUUUCAUGAAGAAUAUAUCUAUGCACCUCCAGAUCCUGACUGUGAAACUGCAACAGUAUUUAGUUCAGCAGAACCUGCAGCAAACUUGGAAGAAGGGGCAGUCUCUGUGUCACCUCAAGAUGGUGUUGCUUCCUACGGCUAUCCCCAGAAGGUGUUGGUGAACUCUGCGGCAAUCUCAACCUCAACAGGUGUUUAUGCUGCUCCAGCUACAGGCUUCUCCUCAAAUUCUGCUGCCUCCACUCCAGCCAGUGUCACAACAGCAGUUCCCCCACAAACAGCAGUUCAGCCAGUCAUAGUAUCUCCCCUUUCUGUAGGGAGGCCAGAUACAAAGGUCUUACGGUAUUAUUUUAAUCUGGGAUUGCAAUAUUGUCAUCAGAGCUAUUGGCCUUCCAUGAUGUAUGUACAGCCAGUGCUGCCACCGUCACCUGUGGAAGUUUAUCCAGCAUAUGCUGAGCCAGCUCCUGUCCUAGAUCAGUCGGUACCUCAGCUCUACACUGAUGCUGGGCGAACUGAAGUCCACCAGGUUCCCUUGGAAGCACCUGCAAAUGGUAACUUCCAAAAUGCAGAGCCUCCACCCCUGUCCUACGGGCCAGUAUAUUACCAAGUCGUGUCAGACCCCUUCAGCCAGCAGUCUCUCCCUGGGUUUGAUUCUUUAGUACCUGCCUAUCGCUAUGUUGGUACCUGGCAUCCUGUAAAUCCACCAUAUGGAAAUUCUCCACAGAUUGCUAAUGCUGUAAGUUCUGGACCACUGCACCAAGUCAGCUAUAUUGCCUCACCUAACCCUGCACCUCAUGAUGUGCCUCAAGGAAUGUAAAUCUGGGAUCUAUAAGCUCACUGCUUGCCCUUGGUUUCUCUUGUUUCUUGUUUGUCAACUAUAUAUUAAUAUUGGUUUGUAAAUGUUGUUGUGUCUCAGUGGGCUGUGUCACUUGAUUAAACUGCAAUCCAAUUUCCCAUUUCUCUAUAGGUUUAUGCUAGUGAUAGUUGACUUGACAAGAUGAUGAUGUAGUCAAUGAAGUAGGAAAGCACAGGAAAAGAGUACACACAAACUGUAGUGCAGGGAACACAAAGCUUGAAUUGGACUACAUAAAGUAUGUGUAAAAACAUAUGCUAUCACUAAAGGAAUGUUGCAUCAUGUACCUCUGUGAGGGGUUGCACUGGAAGACUUAGACACCCAGUUCUUUUUGAAGCACUGAAGUAGGCUAUCACUACAACUACAGAUAAAAAUUGGGCUCAGGGUCAUUGGAGGAUGAAAAUGUUUGAAAUAGGUUGGCUUUCUCAGAUUUCGCAAAACAAAACCACUUUGCUGCUAAGGGACACGUUUGUAAUAGCUGUAUUUCUCCUGCCUAAUCUCAUUCUGCUUAGGUUUCAUGUCUCUUGA